AUGGCCAGUCAAAUUGCAUCUUCUACUAAAAGCUCAGGCAUUGGUGGAUCCUCAAGUAUACAAAAAAGAGGCAAUGUUGCUACGUUGCAAACCAAUGAAAACUUAACUGCCAUUGAUGCCCAUGGAAAUGUAUUCAAGGUGCCAGAUUAUACUAUCAAGGACAUCUUAAAGGCAAUCCCAGCGCACUGUUACGAGAGAAGAGUCGCUGAAUCGAUGUACUAUGUGUUUAGAGAUAUUUUUUGGUUAUUGACUAUUGGAUACGUCGCCAACAACUAUAUCCAAUUAUUACCUAAUGCGUUCACCAGAUUUGUUGCGUGGUCGGGAUACGUUUAUGUCCAGAGUUUGUUUCUCACUGGGCUUUGGGUUUUGGCACACGAAUGUGGCCACCAAGCAUUUUCUGACUACGGAUGGGUUAAUGACACUGUUGGAUGGGUUUUACACAGUUACUUAAUGGUGCCAUACUUUUCGUGGAAAUUCUCACACUCAAAGCAUCACAAGGCUACUGGUCAUUUAACGAGAGAUAUGGUGUUCGUGCCAUACACCAAGGAAGAAUUUGUCGCCAGCAAGAAUGCACACCAUAUAGAUGACAUUGUGGGCGAUUCUCCAAUCUACACUUUAUACCAAUUAGUCGUCCAACAAUUUGGUGGAUGGAUCGCUUAUUUAUUCACCAACGUUACCGGACAACAAUAUGAAAACAAAUCAUUCUGGGGAGUUAGUCAUUUCAACCCAAAUGCUGCUAUUUUCGAAAAGAAGGAACAAUGGUACGUGUUGUUAUCCGACAUUGGUAUUUUCGCACAAGGUCUUGUUUUACAUACCUGGUACAAAAACUUUGGCGGUUUCAACUUGUUAGUUAACUGGUUCCUUCCAUACAUCUUAGUGAACCACUGGUUAGUUUUCAUUACAUACUUACAACAUACCGAUAGUCAAAUGCCUCACUACGAAUCUCACCAAUGGAAUUUCGCUAGAGGUGCCGCCGCUACUAUUGAUAGAGAAUUUGGCUUUGUUGGUAAAUUUAUGUUCCACGAUAUUAUUGAAACUCACGUCUUGCACCACUAUUGUUCUAGAAUUCCUUUCUACAACGGCAGAGAGGCCAGCGAAGCUAUCAAAAAAGUUAUGGGUGAACAUUACCAAUACUCUGACGAAAACAUGUGGGUUUCUUUAUGGAAAUCUGCCAGAACCUGUCAAUAUGUUGACGGUGAUAAUGGUGUCUUGAUGUUCAGAAAUGCUGCCUUCAAGGGCCCAAAGGCCUAA